UAUCCCAUCAGGCAAUAGCGGCAUCCUCUUCUGCUACCUUGCCUGCUGAUCAAGAGCCAGGAGAGCUGUAGCCGAGGUCUGCAAGAUUGACCUCCUCGCGUCAGAUCGAUCUUCUAUCGCUCCUUGAUACGCAGGAGCCCCCGCUGCACAGCAUCGUCUAGGCGUCCCUCAAGUCGCUCUUGCUGCCUGCUAGCAGGUCUUCGGAUGCUCAGCAGUCAAACAAAGGCAGCUUCGAGUAGUACUCUACCGCAAUCCCCCAACGUCUCGACAUUGAAUCCUUCCUACCCGUCUCUGGAACAGCCGAAAACGGGAAGCUCAGUGCCUCGAACCAUCCCGAGCGCUUCCCUAGACUGGGUAUCCAGACCUAGAGCUGGCCCGAACCCAGCUCCAGCUCCUACGCCUGAGAGCGAGUCGCUCGCCAUGACGAAGCAUGGCGAGCAAAUGAGUCCGGAAUCAGAGGAGGACUCCUUUAAUUUCGGCGAAGGCAGCGAGAGUCCUAGUCAGGGCGGCGUAGCAGGAGACAGACCGAGGGUCAGAGCAGAGGGACCUGGUGGACAGGACCUUAAGAGGGGUGCUAGGAUCGCUUGUCUGGAGUGUAGAUCGGCAAAGAUACGAUGCUCGGCGCCGAAUGAUGGACAGGUACCUUGCAAGAGAUGCUCGAGACAUGACAAGGAGUGUGUCUUUGAGAAGCAUCGGAGAGGCCGCAAGCCAGGAAGAGGUAACCUGCCGAAGGAACGAAGCGCUGUUGAUGCGAGGAGUCUCAGCCAGAACGCUGGACCAUAUCGUCACAACAGUGGCGAGCACGCCAACUCUGACAUCUCGCCAGUAUCCUCCUCUUACCAAAGCCCCAAUCAAUGGCUCCCACAAAGUGGUUCAGGCCCCAAACCAGGCUUCCAGAUGCACCAAUAUGGUGGGCCCGUACAGUCGCCUGGCCCCUUCAGCAACAGCCCGGGCAUGGGGUCACGAGAUGCGUACCGACCAGACCUUGGCCCGUAUGGCAUGGACAAUGGCCGAAGGGGAGGUCCCUCGCAACCCUCUCGAGCCUAUCCCGGCCCUCUGCCACACUUUCCUCACCGAGACCAGCCCUUCAGCUACCAGCCGCGGCACCCGCAAUCUCCUUACGACGCGCCAGCUCCCCUCAUCUCCAGUCAUGGCCAUGGGUACCAAGCACCACUCUCAUCCUCCUCAGCGUCAAGCUCGCAUGGAGGUGGCUUCUUCUCUCCCCCACUCCCGAGAGCUGAAACGUCCUUUCCUGGACCGCAACAAAAUCAGCAGCCAAGAGAUGAGCACAGAUGGGGACCCAAUAACCAUCUCAACAGUUCGUCCUACAGAUCGGGGUACUCUAAUCCGCGUGCCUUGACUUCGGAGCGGUCGCCAAAGCAAAAGCCCGAGAAUAAGUCUUCGCCUCAAUCUCAGCCCCAACAGACGCCGAUGGGACCUCCUACGCAAUAUGCCAGGUAUCAAAAUGGUGGAACCUCUUCGCCGAGAAGUCUGCCGCCUGUGCCUCACCAAGUGAAUAACAGUAGCAAGCUCAGCCAGGCUUCGACACCUCAGCCCAAGACGGAAGCUCAGGAGGGAGAAAAGGCAGGAACGGCAGAAGAAGAAGAGGAAGAAGAAGAGGAUGAGCUUGUCGACGAGGAUGAGGUGCUACAAGCUUAUCAAGAUCCCGACGUCCUGUCGCGACCUCUGCAGCUACUGGCAUAUGCUUCCACUGCCGCUGCUCGCAGACAGACUGCUGGCGGGUACAAGGACCCUCGUGGUAUGACAGCUGCAGCUACACUGGGACUUAUUAGCAGCCCGGGCGCAGUCAAGGUCAAGAGUAGCAUCGAGGUUGCAGCUCAAAAGGCAACUACUGAGCCCGCUUCACUGGGAGCUGGUGGAGCUGAGCCUUCGACAUUGGAGAACGGCAAUUGGGAGUACAAGGCAGGACGAGUGCGCGCUAUCAGAGGCAGCGACGCUUCGCAAAGUCCAGCCAGCAUCGAUGAGACUGCAAAGUCGGAAGCUGCCAAUGCUGCCUCGACCAGCACACGCGAGGAAGAAGCACAGGUCAUGGAAGAUCUCGGUCCUCAUCUGGGCAAGAGGAGAAGAAGUGACGAUGAAGUGCUUCCCGUCCCAAGCUCUCGGCGCCACUCUGUCAUUGCUGAACAACGACGCAUGUCAAAGCUGGGUAGCAUCGAAGUGCGUAGCAGCGGGCUGGAGGCACAGGUCGAAAGCACAGCGGAGGACCCAUCAGAAGAGCAAGAUCGUGCUCCCGCUGGAGCUUCGCGAAAGGGCUACUUUAGGUUCUCGCUCUACGCAUCAAAGCUGGACAUCGACGAUGCCAAUGAUCCCAUCUCAAAAGCUGUGCUGACCCUAAGUGAGAUGGAGGACCUCUUUGAUCUGUUCUUCAACCGCAUCAACCCGUCCAACUUCCUCUUCGACCCCUUCCUGCACUCUCUGUCCUACGUCAGGGCCAGGUCGAAAUUUUUGCUCACUGUCAUUGGCUCUCACGCUGCUCGCAUGUCCGAAGGUGAGCGAGGAGCCGAGCUGGCGGAGAAGCUCGAGGAUCAUUGGAGGAAUAAGCUGCUUCCCGAGGUCCUCAUCGGAGGCUACAAGAGCAUUGAGAUUGCUCAGGCCUUCUUGUUGGCCAGUCUCUUCCAUCGUCCCACUCAUAUCAUCGUGGAAGACCGUGCCUGGCAAUACCUUGGCUUUGCCAUUCGUACUGCUACCGAAGUGGGCGUCAAUAUCGCUCUGGCGCCCAAUGCUGAAGCUCAGGAUAAUGAGCACCUCUCUCGCAGACUGCGAAACCGUGACCGACUCUGGCUGUCCCUCGUCAUUGCAGAGGGCACCUUGAGCACACAAUUUGGACGACCAUGCACGCUUCUUGUCAAGAACUCCGUCUCUCAGUCAGCAUGGUGGAACAGAGAAGACUUUGCUCUUCCGGAAGAUGCAGCUCUGAUAUGCCAGGUUGAGCUCAAGCGCAUCGUCGAAUACCACACGGACGUCUUCCAGAAGUGUGUCGCUACGCUAGCAAUCACCUCAAAGGAGAACAAGGAGCGCCUGGUCAAGCUAGGUGCACUGCACAAGGUGGCUUGGCAAGAGCUUGAGUCUUGGAAGAAGACGUGGUGUCCCACUGGCGGACUGGACCAAGCUGGCGUUGGGGGCUCGAUGGCCAUGGGUGCUUUCCUCGUUCGCUGGUCUCCCUAUUCGAGGCUCAUCUACUAUUACUGGCGCAGCCACCUCAACUCCUUUAUCCUUCAAGCCGCCGAAAAGCGGGACGACAUUUCCUCCCUGGUGGCCUUUGACUCGAUGCAGUGCGCAAGAAACCUCAUGGCUAUCCUCCUCGACGAGAAUCAAGUCGGGGACCGCGGGCUCGCCCUCGCACCCAACGGAGUCGUCGUCAUGGCGACCUAUGCAGCCGUCUCAGCUCUGCGGCUCACCAAGCUCGAUUUUAGCAAGCAUGGGUUCAUUGACCAGCGCGCCAUCUUCGAUCAGGUCCACAGGCUGGCCGAAUCCCUCGAAGUGGCGGGCAAGACGCCAGAGCAUCGAGAUGGAGCGGCAGCGCCCUAUGGCACCUACCUCCUCUCCGUGCUGGCUCUAUUUGACAAUGAUUCCAAGUCGAGCUCUGGUGCGAGCGUGGCUUCAGAGGCCGCUGCUGCUGCUGCUGGUGCUGGUGCUACUCCCAAUUGGUCUGGCAAGACUUCCGGUUCUGCUGGAGGUUCCACUCCGGGCUACGCUCUUGCCACUGCGGAGCAUCUUGCGGCUCUGAGUGGAGCGGGAUCAGCAAGUCUGAUGCAAACCCCAAGUCCGCAGAGAAAGGAUCAAGGAGGACGAGGUCCCAACGGUGACGCACUCGCCUACGCAUUGGCUCAAUCCCAAAACCCUUCUGCUGCACUUCUACAAGCGGCUGCCGCAAGCAGUAAUAGCAACAACAAUAACAACUCUGCCGGUGGCGGUAGCAGUAGUGGUGCCUCAAGCAAUGCCAAUACCAAUCCACUUCUCCCUGCUCACUUGAGCGGGUCUACCUCUGCCUCUGGAUCAGUGGGCGGGCUGAGCUACGCUGGAGUAGGCGUCACUGGGCCUCCACCUCCUCCUCCAUCUGCACCUGCACCUGCACCUCACACUCUCAACCACUCCCACCAUCAUCAUCCACAUCACUCGCAUCACUCGCAUCACAUCCACCAUUCAGGAAUCGGACCCAGCCACGAAACAAUGGACGAAGUCGCCCUCGCUGGCGUGUACGCAAGUGAUUCAGAAGUAUGGGGUUAUCUAGGUGGAGUUGGAGAUCCUACUAGUGCUGGAUUGGGAAUUGGAGCCUCCUCUGCACCGGGAGGAGUAGGGGCGGCAGGAGGAGCAGCGGGAGGGGCAGGAGGAGGAGGUGGAGGUGGUGGAGGUGGUGGAGGAGGAGGCUUAUGGGCUGUCCCGCCCGGUGGGGGUUGGAGUGGUCUCUGAUACCAGUAUGUAACACUUUAUUCGUCCAUCCGUCCGUCCGUCCGUCCGUUUGUUUGUUUCCCUUCCCCUUCCC